AUGGGACGGAAGAAGGUUGGAGCAGAUAAUACAAAUGCUAAUCUUGCUAUGGCUGUGAGAAGUGGUAAGUGCUCUCUUGGUCGACGGCAAACACUUCGGUUGAUGACGGCAGGAAAGGCCAAAUUGGUUGUGAUUGCAAACAAUGCUGAUCAUCUACACAAAUCAGAGUUAGAAUACAAUGGAUUCAUGGGGAAAAUUCCAAUUCUUCAUUAUAAGGGGAAUAAUAACGAGUUGGGGACUGCUUGCGGAAAGAGAUUUAAAGUCACCAUUAUGGCCAUCCAAGAUCCCGGAGAUUCGGAUAUUAUUAAAUCCAAGUCUUAA